GGCGGCAUGGGGGUGAACGCCGUGCACUGGUUCCGCAAGGGACUGCGGCUCCACGAUAACCCGGCGCUGAGGGAAUGCAUUCAGGGCGCCGACACGGUCCGCUGCGUCUACAUCCUGGACCCCUGGUUCGCCGGCUCCUCCAACGUGGGCAUCAACAGGUGGCGAUUCCUGCUUCAGUGUCUUGAGGAUCUUGAUGCCAAUCUACGGAAACUGAAUUCACGUUUGUUUGUUAUUCGUGGACAGCCAGCAGAUGUUUUCCCCAGACUUUUUAAGGAAUGGAGUAUUGCAAAACUUUCCAUCGAAUAUGAUUCUGAACCAUUUGGGAAGGAAAGAGAUGCAGCCAUUAAGAAACUAGCUAGUGAAGCUGGAGUGGAGGUCAUUGUUCGGAUUUCCCAUACCUUAUAUGACCUAGACAAAAUAAUAGAAUUGAAUGGAGGCCAGCCUCCUCUUACUUACAAGCGAUUCCAGACCUUAAUUAGUAGAAUGGAACCACUGGAGAUGCCUGUGGAGACUAUAACCCCAGAAGUAAUGGCCAAGUGUACUACUCCAGUUUCUGAUGACCAUGAUGAGAAAUACGGUGUGCCAUCACUUGAAGAGCUAGGUUUUGACACAGAUGGUCUGCCUUCUGCAGUGUGGCCAGGGGGAGAAACGGAAGCUCUCACACGACUGGAAAGGCAUUUAGAACGAAAGGCUUGGGUGGCAAACUUUGAGAGACCACGAAUGAAUGCAAAUUCCCUUCUGGCAAGCCCCACGGGGCUGAGCCCCUACCUCCGCUUUGGCUGUUUGUCCUGUCGUCUCUUUUAUUUCAAGUUAACGGAUCUGUACAAAAAGGUAAAAAAGAACAGCUCCCCUCCCCUCUCCCUCUAUGGCCAGCUGUUAUGGCGUGAAUUUUUCUACACAGCGGCAACUAACAAUCCACGGUUUGAUAAAAUGGAGGGGAAUCCUAUCUGUGUUCAAAUUCCAUGGGAUAAGAAUCCUGAGGCUUUGGCCAAAUGGGCAGAAGGCAGGACAGGUUUUCCUUGGAUUGAUGCAAUUAUGACACAGCUUCGUCAAGAAGGUUGGAUUCACCAUUUAGCUCGGCAUGCUGUAGCCUGCUUCUUGACUCGAGGUGACCUCUGGAUUAGCUGGGAAGAAGGAAUGAAGGUCUUUGAAGAACUCUUACUUGAUGCGGAUUGGAGUGUGAAUGCUGGAAGCUGGAUGUGGCUGUCCUGCAGUUCCUUCUUUCAGCAGUUUUUUCACUGCUACUGCCCAGUGGGUUUUGGCAGAAGAACUGACCCAAAUGGGGAUUAUAUCAGGCGUUAUUUGCCAGUACUUCGAGGUUUCCCUGCAAAAUACAUCUAUGAUCCUUGGAAUGCCCCAGAGAGUGUCCAGAAGGCUGCCAAAUGUAUUAUAGGAGUUAAUUAUCCCAAACCAAUGGUAAAUCAUGCAGAGGCAAGCCGUCUGAAUAUUGAGAGGAUGAAACAAAUCUACCAGCAGCUUUCACGAUACAGAGGACUGGGUCUUCUUGCAACAGUGCCUUCAAAUCCAAAUGGAAAUGGAAAUGGUGGCCUAAUGAGCUAUUCGCCAGGAGAAAGCAUUUCUGGUUGUGGCAGUACAGGAGGAGCUCAGCUGGGAACUGGUGAUGGUCAUACAGGUGUUCAGUCAUGUCCCCUGGGAGACUCUCAUACAGGAGCAAGUGGAAUUCAACAGCAAGGUUACUGUCAAGCAAGUAGUAUCUUACACUAUGCUCAUGGAGACAAUCAGCAGCCACACUUAUUGCAAGCAGGAAGAACGGCCCUUGGUACUGGCAUUAGUGCAGGGAAACGCCCAAAUCCAGAAGAAGAAACUCAGAGCGUUGGACCAAAAGUCCAGCGACAGAGCACAAAUUAAACUGGUACUGUACAAACAGACAAGACAAAAAUCCUAGCUCUGAAGAGUUUACAAAGUAUGAGAUGGGAAGUAGUUAUAAAAAUAGAACCAGACCCAGGAUGAUCAGACACAGAUUGAGGCCUUAAUGAAAGGGACAUGGAUAAACUGUGGUUUCACAGACGUUAGCAGAGCUGCAUAUGUAGCUUCGGUUACUCUGCUCCUACAUCUUACCUUAAGUCAUGCCAGCAGCACCAUUUGUGUGAAUGUAUGGUGAUGUGAAUCAGAAGACUAACACGUCUUGAAAGGCUCAGGGCCUGGGUUAGAGUUUUAGACGUACAAGUGGACUAAGGAGAACAUGUUUUAGAGAGAGACUGCAGAAAACUUGCAAAAUGCUGAUGUAAUUAUUGCACCUAAAGAUGUAGGGACAAGAAAGAUUUGAAGACUUGAGUGUUUGCUGUUGGUCUCUAAGCUAAGCAGGAUGCUCAGGCUGCCAUUGUCAAGACAAGCUGUAGUGAAGAAUACUUGAAUUUGGAGAAGGAGGCAUUGCUAGAUAAAUCUAUACAAACAGGUGUGAAAAUGUCUAGAAAGAUCCAGUAAGUUAGAGAAAUCUAAUGUGUGUGAAAUCGACAAAGAGACGAUAACUGGAUUUUGUGUUUGGAUAAAAGUUACUUAGGAAUAGGACAGAGAAAAGGGAAGGCCAAAGAUGUCCCACUCCUUCCCCCAGUGAGCUCAAUCUAAGUGAGGAAGACCACCU